ACAGUCAGCACUGAGACCAAGUCUCCUGCUGAACACCAACAAGGAAACGUCAGGGUUUCGGAGCGAAGCUUUGGUCAAUAUCUUCGAACAAUCUCUGUACCCGAGACAACUAGUUAUGAACAAAUUAAAGCUAGUUUUAAUGAUGGCAUACUUGAAGUUAAAAUACCAAAAGUCAAACCAAAUAAAGAAGCUCGUAGGAUUCAAAUAUCAUAA